UCGUUCCGGGAGAACGGCGGGGCCCCGUGGGAGGCUCCUGCCUCCCCGCAAAACGCGGCCUUUCCUGACGUAACUCUGAGGUGAUUUCUCUCCGCUUUUUUCUUCACCAGCGGGUUGCGGGCGGCGGGCGUUUCUGCGCCUGCGCGGGGCCUGGGCGCUCACCGAGCAUGCCCCGGGCUCCCACGUAGCCCAGUGUGCCUUCGCACUGCGCAUGCCCCGUGCCCGCACUUGGCCUCGCCCUCGCCACUGCGCAUGCGCCGUGCGCUGCCGGGCCUCGCCGCUCGCCGUGGCCGGGCUGCCCCGGGGGCGGCGGACGCGCUGCCCCGGGCUCGCGCCCCCCGCGCGGAGCCGUUGAAACGCCUCGCGGGAGGGGCGCGCGCCCGGGCGGAGGCGGGGGCGGCCCGGGGCGGCCGUCGGGCCCGCAGCGGCGAGCAGCGUGCCCGGAAGCGGGACGGCGGCCGGGGGCGCCCGCACCUGCAGCCGGUCCCGGAGCCCUCGGCCGCCCGCCCCUGCGCCCGGCGGGCGAGCAUGACCGCCCGGCGCGCCCCCCGUGCCCUCCCCAGACCCCUCCCGCGGACGCCCUCCCAGACCCCGAAGCCCCCGUGUCCGACCCCUGGGGGCCGCAGCCCACCUGCUCGGCCGCCGGCCGCGUCUCCGCCGCCCCGCAGCCCCCGGCCCCCGUGUCCCGGCCUGUGCCCCUGGCUGCGCUCCGCAGCCCGCGUGCGGACGGCCAUGCCUCGGUCGUAGCCGGCCCCGGCCCGCGGCCGCCGCGUGGUUCCGGGGAGCUGCACCCGAGCGGCGCGUUCGGAGGUGGGGGCUGGGGCCGGGGGCGGGGGCGGGGGGCCUGCCCGGCGCGGGAGUCGGACCUCGCCCAGCCUGGGGUCGGGUUUUUCCAGGCACCGCGGGCCUGGGCGGGCGUCUGGGCUACUGCACAGCCCGGCGGUUGGUGGUGCUGACCCUGAGUCAUCGGGGGCCCGGGCCGCGUCUCCGACUCUGCCAAGGAGACGAGAGCGAGCGGAUUGGUUGUAGGGAAAUUUCUCCUUGAAAGUUUUUAAUUUUUUUUUUUUUUUUUUUUUUUUUUUGAGAGGCAGGGUUAGGGACAGAUCUCCCAUCCACUGGUCACAGCCGGGGCCCUAGAACUCAGGGCCCCCACACGGGUGCAGGGGCCCAGGCACCUGGUGGCCUCUGCUGCUCUGCCCGGUGCCUUAGCAGGUGCUGGUCGGGAUGUGGGCGGCCGGGACCCUCGCUCACCCACGUGGGAUCCGGUGUGGCAGGAGCGGCGGAACCGCCGCGCCCCGGCCCUGGCCCCUGGACAUUGUUCUUAGGUCCACUCACCCACGGCUAUGGGUGCAGGCCGUCAGGUUGAACUCGACCCCUAAGUACGAGUGUGUAAAGGAAUGGGGGCUGUAGGGAUGGUACCGUGUGGUAGGGGACUGGAUGUGACCUGGGAGGAGCCGUCUUAGCUGUCGCCAAAGCCUCGGGGCCUGUGGAAGAAGGGGGAUUGACAGGUGGCCGCCAGUGGCUGGAGGGGACCAAGAAGAGAGGCCCGGAGGCCGGCAGCACACCAGGCCAAGCAGGGGGCACGCCGGACGUGUGGGGCGCCUGGAGGGCAGCGUGCAGUCGGCCCCGGAGCUGGAGCCCCGCGAGGUCUGUGACUGUGGGGUAGGCACUAAAGGCACACGGAUCUCGUAGGAAAAGCUGCCCGGCGCGGUGCAGACGCAGCUCCGGCCCUUCAGCGGGAGGGUGGACGAUGGCUCUGCCUGCCCAGCAGGUACCUGUCCGGCCUUGUGCCGGACGUUAGGGCUCCACAGGUGGAAACCAGAGCUCGCCGGGAAUAACGGCGCCAGUGCCCAGAGGGACGGCGCAGGCAUGUGCCGCUGGACGGUGAUGUCACCGUCGCAUGGACAUCAGAGGGUGCCGACACGGAGCGGGACAGCCGCCGCCGUCUUCCUAGGGUGAGAGACGUGUGCCCGGGAGACUGCGCUGGGCCUGUGGAUAGCGUGACACAUGGUCAGCCCUGAGUUGCCUGCAUCGUCCUGGGGAGGCGUAAACGGCUAACGCCGAAGGCAGGGAGCAGGCAACUCCUGGCGCGGGGCUCGGCUAACGGCGCAGGCAGGGAACAGGCAACUCUUGGCGCGGGGCUCGGGUGCAGGUUUGCUCCGUGUGCAGUGAGUACGGAGGAAGGAGGAAGGCUCGCGUGGCUGCCGCAGACCGGGCGGCUUUCACAGCAGAUCCCGGGAGGUCCAGGGUGGACGGUGCGGGAAGGGCCCCGCCGUGUCGGGUCACGGCCCACCCUGAAGACUUGGUUCUGACUUCAUUACCUCUUUAAAGAUUUGGUCUGCAAGUGUGAGGCGCGAGGGAUCAGGACCUGGACGUCUGAAUGGGUGGGGCCGGCAGGUCAGCCCACAGCAGACGCUCCGUGCGCCGUGAACGGGGCGAAUGUUUGCAGGAGCGGGGGUCGGAGGGGCUAGGACGGGCUGCAGGGGUGUCUCAGACAAGGCAACCAGCAGGGCAUUGCCACAGGGGACACACGAGGGACGAAGAAUUUUAGAGUCUGAAGCCAGAUGGUUUGUGUUUCAACAAAUUUUGCAUUUUAGCUUAAUGGAGACCUAUUGCUUUUAUUUUUUUAAUUUUUAGAUUUAUUUAUUUAUUUGAAAGACCGUUACAGAGAGAGGGGCACAGAAAGAUCCCCUUAGUUCACUCCUCAAGUGGCCCUAAGAGCCGGGGCCGGGCCAGGUGGAAGCCAGGAGCCGGGGUCUCUCUCCCACGCGGGUGCAGGGGCCCAAGCACGUGGGCAUCUUCCACUGCUUUCCCAGGCGCUUUAGCAGGGAGCUGGAUCGGAGGCGGAGCAGCCAGGACUUGAAGUGGCACCCGGAUGGGACGCCAGCAUUGCAGGCAGCUGCGUGGCCUGCUGUGCCGUAACGCCAGCCCGUUAUUUUGUCUGGCUGAGGUCAGGGCUGACUCUUCAUUCAAACCCUAGGUCUCAACUGAAAUCUCGUCAGGGUGUCCUCGCCGUCCCCUCUGAAUCCCUACUCCUGCAACCAGCCGGGCUCCCGCGGUGCCCCUCCAGGCGCUCCGCACAAACGGAAGCCAGCGGUUGACCUCACCAGGGAGCGGCGGGCCUGCUCUGUGUGAGCACGCCUGUGUUUGAGACACAUCCAGCCAUGCCUGCACAUGGAGGCAGUAAAUAAGCCGAUUUACUGAUGGUCAUGGGUCACCCGAGCAGUGUUUGGGGCUCAGUCUGCCAGCGGGGGGCGGGAUGGGGAGAGUGCGUCCCCGUGAGGGAGCUGGUUGAGUUCUUUAAUAAUGAGCAGAAACUGAUUGGCUUCAGUAGAGACAGGAGUUUAUUGUAAAGAUACUGGCUGCUCUUGGAGUUUCAGGAGAAACUGUUAAAAUGUAUAUAUAUGGGUCAGGAAGGACAAAAACCAAGCGGAGCCCAGCAAUCUGUAGCAGGCAGUGUCGUGGGUUCAGGCGGUCACUCACUGUCUUCGCUCUCUCAGGAGCCCUCUGCCAGGGAGAGAGUCUGUAGUUGGCUUGGCUUAGUGUGUGCCUACCCCAGAGUGAAAACGGGACUGUCGCCGGGAAGAGCAGUGUCUGGGGCGGCCGGCAGAACCACAGCUCUGUGACCCGAGGGGCAGAAUAGGGGCCGAGCCAGGUGACGGGGGGGCCGUUGGCUGGAUGUGGCCGAGAAUGCACCUCUGCACCAAGAUCAAAUCCCAGAGAGGGGCUGGAGAUGGCGUGUGAGGCCGUAACGCGACUCUCCCCCAAGGGGUCACCUCAGCCAGCCUGGCUUUGAAAUCCGAGGCUUUCAGAUAAGUUCUGAGAACCGACUUGUACUGUCGAGAGCAAGAUCAGAUGGAGAGAGGUGCGGGCUCGGGGUGAGCUCUGUCCAAGCGUAGGCCUUAGGAUUUCUACCACAUGUUCUCCUGUUCCAUGCACCCCUGUUUUCCCAGUGUCAUGGUCAGGACUGUGUGAGCGGUCUACGACAUUCCCAAGGACCAGCGUUCCCUGGGUUCAGUGUCAGGUUGAUGUUUUGGACGUCAAGAGGCGUUUUCCUGCAGGAUCUGUGAGGAUGUCCUGGGCUAGUCCUGGAAUCGGCUGACUCGUGCCUUAGCUCCCAGCCCAGCCCGGGUCUGCUGGGACUGUCUCGCCGUCCCUGUCUCGCUGCUCACUUCCUGCUGUCGUUCCUGGUGCCCCACUGUGCUCUGCUUCCUUCUUUCUGCAGAAUGAUCUGGAUCCCAAAGCCACCCGCUGUCCCGUGUGCCCCACAUCUUCCUCCCUGCAAGCAGAGAGCACUUAGGGGGAGUUAAACGUGUGAGGGAGCCCUGCCCCUUGGCGCGUGUGCAGAGGGACUGAAGGUGCCGUGGAGGGUUGUCUGCAUGCAGCUGUCGAGGACUUCGCUUCUCAAGAGCGCUCUGGGGGCCUGAGGCCGCUUCUUUACUUGAAAGGGAGCAGGCAGAGAUCUUCCAUCUGCUGGCUCACUCCCCAGCUGGCUGUACAGCCGGAGCCGGGCCAGUCUGACGCCAGGAGCGUCGGAAUUCCGUGUCUCCCACGUACGUGCAGGGGCCCAGGGCUUGGGCCGUCCUCCACUGCUCUCCCAGGUGCAUUAGCAGGGAGCUGGACCAGCAGUGGAGCAGCCGGGACUCGAACUGAUGCCCACAUAGGAUGCCAGCGUUGCAGGCGGCAGCUUUACCCACUACACCACGGCUGCAGCCCCGCCUCCAGGAGUUUUAAGCCCACCAAGAUCAGAUGAACAUUUCAAAAAGUGGAUGUGGUAGAGAUUUGAGGAUUAGAGCCUUUGACUACUGUAAUUGUCAGGUAAAUGAUGGAUCCCGUGUCUUCCCUCACGUCCUCACCAGUCACUCACCCACCCGUUCCCCACUGUGCUCCUAACGCGAGCGUUGUCACAGCCCUCUGCCUCCUUCAUCAUACUCCUGUCUGCUCUGUCCGGGAGUCUGAGCCGCUGGGGAGCAAGGCGGUCAGCUGGCUGUCCCCACCCAGUGCCGGCUGCGACCUGUGCAGGGCAGGGCACAGGAAGUAAGGAGGGAAGAAGUGCGCUUGCCCGGUGGGAGGGCUGCACACACCCAAGGCCUGCAAGCACGCUGCAUCUCCUCGCAGAAGUGUCAGCCGUGGGUAGCGUUAGCCCCGAGUAACAGGUCAGGUCACCUGGCCCGUGAGAGGUUGCACACCCAGCCAGCGGCACAGCCGGGAUCGGCGGCAAGUAGGCCGAUGGGAGAGGCUGUUCCGUGGAACUGUACUGUCUUCCAUGAAUCCUGACCAUAAUGAUGUCUCAUUUUGGAAUGCCAGGAGACAACAUGAAAUGGAGCUGCGGCAGAGUUUGGGAAAUGUGUGCGAGAAUUCCCGUGGUUAGUGGGACGCCCUGUUCCAGAUUCUGAUUUUCCUAUGCGGUUUUUGCUCAGCUUUUCCUGCAGCUCAAACAGGCCGUCUGUGCGCACUUCACCCAUGUUUCCACGAGCCCCAAGGUUUUCCCGCUGCGACUUCAGUGGCAGAAAUCCUGCAGCGAUGGGUCGGGUCGAGACGAGCAGUGGGAAGGGAGUGGGCCGGAGACAGCAGCAGCGGUCCGUGCAGCCCGGCUUAGGAGGACUGGACUUGGGCUUUUUCUGCGUCUUGAUGAUGGAGAAGUGUGAUGCUUUCAGUAGAAACCAUGCUUUGGAUUGUGAGCCUGGCCCUCUUCCGGGUUAGCACUACGUGGUUGUCGUCCCUGAUGCUGGCAUCACCCCGCGGUCACCAGGGAGACCCCUGACGCUAUGCGGGGUGGCCGGUGGGUUACAUGGACGUGUACUACGGGUCUUUUAUCUGGACACAACCCUGUUGUGAGUUAGGGGGCAUCUCUAUUUGUGCACGAGAGGCACUGUCUUCUGAGGUUUUCAUAGUUAGAAUGUGCAGUUUGAUGUGCCAGCAGAUUUAUUCUGUCUGGAUCAGGAAAAUACGUUAAUACACCGAGCAACAAAGCAGGCCUAAUCCGAGUCCUGAGUAGUAGAGGAGUAGAAAGGUUUGGGGAUUCCGUCUACACCCGCCAGCCGCGGGGCUCUGCUAGGCUGCUCACAGCGUGCGGCUGUUAGCUUUUAUUAUGUUCAGGUUAAAUGCGAUGCACAUAUCUACUGUUGUUUCCAAGAUUUAAUAAUCAAAGGUGUAAAAACAAGGAUCUUUUUCUUUAAAUUUAUUUGUUUGAAAGGCAAAGUUAGAGAGAGAUAGGUCACCCACCCUCUGGUUCACUCCCCAGAUGGCCAGGACUGGGCCAGGCCAAAGCCAGGACUCCAUCCAGAUCUCCCACGUGGGUGCAGGGGCCCCAGCACUUGGGCCCCUACUGCUGCUUUCCCAGGCACAUCAGCAGGGAGCUGGAUCAGAAAUGGAGCAGCUGGACUCAAACCAACACUCAGGGGUGCUGGCACUAUAGGCAGCACACACGCCUGCCCAGGUGUUACUCAGAGACAGGGAGCGCGUUCAUUGGAGGAGAGCGUGAAGACGGAAGCCGUCCCAGAGGAUGAAGAAGUAGGAGAACGAUGCUCCUCGGCGCAGGUGCAGGUGACUGGCACGGUGUGUGCUCCUCCGCGCAGGUGCAGGUGACUGGCACAGUGUGCUCCACGUUGCUCCUCGGCGCAGGUGCAGGUGACUGGCACAGUGUGUGCUCCUCGGCGCAGGUGCAGGUGACUGGCACAGUGUGUGCUCCUCGGCGCAGGUGCAGGUGACUGGCACGGUGUGCGCUCCCUGUUGAGGAACAUAGCAAAUCUCACGUCCCUCAGCCGGCCGGUGGGUGCCUUGGCUUGGGCUCCCCCAAGAGCAGCCUGAGACGGGCGUGCAGAUGCGGGUGUUUAGGUGGGAUCCCGGGGAGCAGGAAAGGGUGCCCGUAAGAGCAGGGUGCGUUCCCUGCAGGUUUCUGCUCGCGUCCAGGAUACCAGAACGAACUCAGGAGAGCAGUCUGACCCCCGGGCUUGUCUGCCAAGCCCCUCUCCAUGUAGGACGUCCUCCAGUUACCCUGGCAGAAUGGAGCUGUCCCUAACUCCUCCCCUUCUCCUACCUGCUGGCCCUCCAUGAGGAAUCCCAUGACUGCCUUUGCCCCCACCUGGGCUGGCCGCCAUCAUCCCUCACCUGGGUCAUUGCGUAGACUUCUGACCUCCUGUGGUUUCCACCCUUGCGCCAUCCUCCUUGGUGUGUUCUCAACAACAUGGCCAGACUCAUGCCUUUACAGUGUGACAAGGGGCUUUGUCACUGCACUGCCCAGAAUCUUCCGGCGGCUGCCUGUUUGUCACGUAGCGAAAAGCCAAGUCUUCUGGGGGCCCCGCCAGCCCUACACAGUCUGUCUCAUCGGUCCUUGGUCUUCGACGCUCCGCAGCUCCUGGCCCACCCCACUGUCCACCCUGCUGUCCCGGCUCUCCCUCUGCUGUGAUCAUUCUCCAUUAUCCUCAGGACCCAUCCUUUCCACCUGCAGGUCUCCUCAGGGGCCGCUCGUUGAGUGAAUGAAUGAAUGAGGAUUUCCUGGCGGCGUUGGUUGUGUGUUGUGGGUGCUGAGUAAGUAAGUGACUGCCUGACUGCUCUCGGUGGCGUCCUGUGGGAACCGAUUAUCUGUACUUUACGGUGGGGAAAACCGAGGCUCCAGAGUGGCAGCCCCCGCCCCCGAGGUUGACUGUAGUUAACAUCCCAGAGGUGCAGCUUGCGUGUGGACAGACGUGUCACAAGCCUGUAGGCAGCCUCGCCACGCUGGAUGCAUCCUGAGGUUUCCGUGCUGUCCUAGUUGCUGUACUAUUUUUUUUAAUUACUGGUUUCAAGCCACAAGGUCGAGUUUAGGAACUCCUUUUGACAAAUACGAGUCCAACCUUCGGUUCUGCAUCUGUUGCAUUUCCCUGUGGCAGCAUCGGAACUAGCUCUCCCCAAAAUAAUUAGUGCCGCAAGCUACUGAGACCCUGCUCCGUCAGUACCAGCAGCGUCUGGGCGCUGGGAAGGCGCUAAGGAUGGCAAGGCUGCCUUCCAUUCCAAAGAAAGUAGAGUCGAAGGAAGGGGAGGGGCCUGUCAAGUGACUGCAGAUAGAGUAAUUGGGAUUUACUCAGAAGGAAAGUGUAGGCCGGAGUGACCAGCAGCCUGGGACCGUCUGGCAAGGCCGUUGUUUGUCACUGGUUGACGAGCAGCAUCGUGCCUCAGUUAGUGCCUCGACAGGGAGUGGCUUACAGACCCCACACGCUGCUGGGUCACUCAGGGCUCCUGCAGACUGCCUGUCCCACACGCCGCUGGGUCACCCAGGGCACCUGCAGACUGCCUGUCCCACACGCCGCUGGGUCACCCAGGGCACCUGCAGACUGCCUGUCCCACACGCCGCUGGGUCACCCAGGGCACCUGCAGACUGCCUGUCCCACACGCCGCUGGGUUAUUCAGGGCACCUGCAGACUGCCUGUCCCACACGCCGCUGGGUUAUUCAGGGCACCUGCAGACUGCCUGUCCCACACGACGCUGGGUCACCCAGGGCACCUGCAGACUGCCUGUCCCACAUGCCGCUGGGUUACUCAGGGCACCUGCAGACUGCCUGUCCCACACGCCGCUGGGUCACCCAGGGCACCUGCAGACUGCUCUGUCCGGCCUGCAGGCCGAGGUGACUAGCACGCGCUCCUGAGGCCAGGGGAGAAGCUGCAGAGGUCUGGGCCGAGGCUGUUUGGCUACAGCUUGCUUUCUGGAGACUGUCAAAACUGCCCUAAAUAUCCCUGGUUGCUUGGGACUACUUCAGUUUGAAAAUGAGUGUCAUGAUAAGUCAGCCCAGGAGAGGAGGUGUGGGUGCAGUGGGAGCCGGCGUGGAGGGGUGGAUAAGGAGGGGGCCUUGUCUGUGGAGUGGAGAGCGCGGGGAGUGUGAGCACCCUGCUGUGCUCUGCACAGAGCACCUGUCAGUCCUGCAGCUCCUGAAAGUCCUCGCACAGCGCCUGUUGAGUGGACGCUAGCCCAUCUCAGCAGCAGCCCUGCGAGGGGGCACAGCUGCUGUUCCCACUUUACACAAGGGACCCGCCACGCGGAGGAGCCGGCAGCCACGCCAGGUCCCUCAGCCCGCGAGGGAGGAGCCGCGCCUCAGCCCCAGCGUCUGGCACCAGAACUCGCACUCGCCAUCGAGGCCUCGCGUCUGGUUUCGUAGUUGCAGAGGAUUUCAGUGACAUCCCAGUUCAGAGCCUUCACUGGAGGCGGAGCCCUGUCCAAGCUUCCUUCAUGCUGCUGUGGGCCUCGCAAGACGGGCGUGCGAUGGAGGGGCUGCUGCACUACAUCAACCCGGCGCACGCCAUCUCCCUCCUGAGCGCCCUCAACGAGGAGCGCCUCAAGGGGCAGCUGUGCGACGUGCUGCUCAUCGUGGGCGACCAGAAGUUCCGCGCGCACAAGAACGUGCUGGCCGCCAGCAGCGAGUACUUCCAGAGUUUAUUCACCAACAAGGAGAACGAGGCGCAGACCGUGUUCCAGCUCGACUUCUGCGAGCCAGAUGCUUUCGACAACGUGCUGAACUACAUCUACUCCUCCUCGCUGUUCGUGGAGAAGAGCAGCCUCGCCGCCGUGCAGGAGCUGGGCUACAGCCUGGGGAUCUCCUUCCUGACCAACAUCGUUUCCAAGACCCCUCACGCCCCCUUCCCGGCGCGUCCCAACAGGAGGAAGGCGUUCGCGGACGACGACGAGAACAGUUCUCAGAAGAGAAGUGUCAUCGUUUGUCAGAGCAGGAAUGACACGCCAGGAAAAGCCGCCGGGCAGAACCAGCCGGACCUCGGCCAGGGUUCCCGGCCCUCCGCCAGCGCGCCGGGGAAGGCCAGCGCCGGGAAGCCACACGCGCCAAAGCCCGCCGAGCAGAUCCACGGCUUGGCGUUCACGGAGAAGACCUGGCCCAAAGAUAGCUGUGUGGGGCCGGCCAAGGCUCCCGAGCAGCCCGGCUCCCUGGCGGACGCUACCAGGAGCGGUCUGGGGAAGAGGAACGCGGCGCUGCCUUCCAAGCCACCCCCGGACAGGGACGGCGCCGAUGAGAAGGUGGGCGCGGGCGCGCAGCUUCCCAAAGGGAAAGCCAUAGAGCUGGCUCUGAGGAGACCGCGGCCGCCUGUCCUGGCCCUCCGCAGCGCGUCCGAGACCCCCUACCUGGUAAAGGAAACCAACCAGGGCGGCAGCCAGGGCGAGGACAGAAACCUGCUGUACUACUCCAAGCUGGGCCUGGUGAUCCCCUCCGGCACGCCGCGGCCCGCCAACCAGAGCGUCGACAGGAGCGGCCCGCUGGUCAAGAGCCUGCUGCGACGGUCCCUGUCGAUGGACAGCCAGGUUCCCGUCUACUCGCCCUCCAUAGAGCUGAAGUCCCCCCAGGGAGCACCCGUGCUGUCCGGCGACGCAGCAGGGGGUGUCUUCUGCGCGUUGUCGCAGAAGUCGUCUUCGAGAGACGGCGGCGAGAAGCCGGCCCUGGACGACAGGCCUCCGGUGCUGCAGCCUCAUCGCCUCCGGUCCUUCAGCGCCUCGCAGUCCACGGACAGGGAGGGGGCCUCCCCGGUGUCAGAGGUGCGCAUAAAGACAGAGCCCAGCAGCCCGCUCUCGGAGCCCUCGGACAUCAUCCGGGUCACCGUGGGGGACGCCGCCGCGGCCGCAGCCUCGUCGCCGCUGGUCACGAGAGACCUGCCUGUCAAAACAGAAGACGACGUUAAGGACAUGAGCAGGCUCCCGGCCAAGAGGAGGUUCCAGGCGGACAGGCGGCUGCCCCCCAAGAAGCCCAGGGCGAGCGAGCAUGGGUCGCCGGUGCCGGACGAUCACUUCGAGGAGGGCUCGAGCCCCACCCUCCUCAACGCCGAUCAUUUUCCAGAUUCUGAUUUGAAUAAAGACGAAUUUGAGCAAGGAAGCCACGAGCGCUCGUGCCGGAACGCCACCGUGUGCCCCUACUGCAGCCUCAGGUUCUUUUCGCCCGAGCUGAAGCAGGAGCACGAGGACAGGUGCGAGUACCGGAAGCUGACCUGCCUGGAGUGCAUGCGCACCUUCAAGUCCUCCUUCAGCAUCUGGCGGCACCAGGUGGAGGUGCACAACCAGAACAGCAUGGCCCCCUGCGAGAACUCCCCCUUGCCCGCCCUGGACCACGACGGCGAAGCCACUGGCGCCUCCAGGCCCCAGCCCCCGCCCGAGCCCAGCAAGGGGAACCACGUGGCCGCCGCCAAGGACGACAGCGUGUUCAGUGACUCCUCGGAGCAGGUCAACUUCGACUCGGAGGAUUCCGCCUGCCUCCCCGAAGACCUCAGCCUUUGCAAGCAGCUGAAAAUCCAAGUCAAAGAGGAGCCCGCGCCAGAGGCCGAGGACGCGGCGCCCGAGGCCAGCCCCGCCCCCCGGGAGGCGGCCGCCAGCAAGGACGCGGGCUUGUGGCCCUGCGAGAAGUGCGGCAAGACGUUCACCGUGCACAAGCAGCUGGAGCGGCACCAGGAGCUGCUGUGCUCCGUGAAGCCGUUCAUCUGCCACGUGUGCCACAAAGCGUUCCGCACGAAUUUCCGGCUCUGGAGUCACUUCCAGUCCCACAUGUCUCAGGCGACAGAGGAGUCGGCGCACAAGGAAUCGGAAGCAGCGUGCCCCAUUCCCACGAACUCGCCCUCGCCCCCGCCUCUACCCCCAGCCCUGCCCAAGAUCCAGCCCCUGGAGCCUGACAGCCCCACGGGCCUGUCCGAAAACCCCACUCCGGCCACGGACAAACUGUUUGCACCCCAGGAAUCGGACACCCUCUUUUACCACGCCCCGCCCCUCUCGGCCAUCACAUUCAAGAGGCAGUUUAUGUGCAAACUCUGCCACAGGACUUUCAAAACCGCAUUCAGUCUUUGGAGUCACGAACAAACACACAAUUGAAAGAUCAGCGCUCGCUCCUGGUUACGAAACGGGAGGCCCUCUCCAGAGGUCACCUGAGUUGUGAAAUGUGUCAUGAGAAACAAACAAAAUAUUUUUCAAAAAAGUAACAAGGGUUGGAAAUUGUUAUGCUUGAAUUUUAAGUUUGAGAUAAAAUUGGUGUUCAUUAGUACUGUCCUUACUCAACUUUAGAAUAAAUAUACUGUGGUUCCAGACCUUACAGUAACAAGAUAGUUUGAUUUCGUUAUCGUUGAAGUUGGAUUACUUGGUUGUUUGCAUGGUUGCUCAUUCCAAGGUGUCAGUAUAAUCAUUUAAUUGAGGUUUCUGGUUUCUCUUUUCUUUUUUCUUUUUUUUUUUUUUUUUUUUACUGAUUUGUAACUAAUGGAAAGCUGUCAAAGAAUUUCUUCUUUUGAUGAUUCCAACACCCAAGUCCUGGCAAAUCGCAGCCACGUGCUCAAGCCCACAGCUGUAUCAGGAAGUGGGGCAGUGUGCUGUCUGGAUUUAGAUCUUAGAACACUUUAGCAAUAAAAAGAUGAUAAAACCUCAACUUUAAUAAGUUAUCCUGACACUUGAUAAAAAAUAUUUGGUAUUUUGUGGUCAUGUAGAUCUUUUGUAUGAAAAUUGUAAAACUUUAAAUCAGCAAUAGUAACACUUUAGAUUUUUACAAAAUGGCAGAACUUGCUCUCAGCCACCUGACGUAAGGCGCGAGGGCCAGACCUGAGGGAAGCUGGGAAGUGGGAGGAUCGCGGAGUCCACCUGUGGCCUCGGCGAGCGCAGGGACGCCCGCCGUCGGGGUCGGCCAGCCCAGGCGCAGACCCUCGAGGGCCUCUGGUUUCCUCUGAUUUGAAGCUGUCACACACCGAAAACCCCGAGUGCAGCUGGCGCAGAGGCUAGCCGACGUGUGGCACUGGUUUGAGCGACAGACGAGGUCAGGGCCAUCCACAGGCAGAUCCCCCCACAGGAGACCCCUUGUCUUGCCUCUGUCCUGUGCGGUCAUCUCUGGCGGGACUUGUGGGAGUCUACGGUUACUGUGCCGCUCCGUCCCUGUUCAGUGUCUCGUGAACGUGAGCUACCAAGGGUCCAGCGUUAGUUUUUGCUACUUUUGGCCCACAGGGUUUGGGCUCUUUUGUUCCCCUUUCUCCUGUUCUGUAUAAGUUGCCACUGAACGCCGUGCCGUAGGUCUUACCCAAAGUUCCAUGCGGUGUUGGGAAAGGCAACCUUUGAUUUCACCGUAUGGGGGGAGUUAGAGAUGUGAAAGAAAUUGUGAAGCCACAGUCGUCUAAGGUCGUGAUCCCAAUUAAAACUUCAGUUUUCUAAGUCUCUUACAAGCUGGUCUUUCAGAUAGAAAAAUGAGCCCCGUGCUGUGGUCGCCCCGAGUCUGUGCUUGAGACGAGCGCUCUGCCCGCAGUCGGGUGCCCACGUCCACGCCAGCGGGGGGACAGGGGCUGAAGAAGGAGCAUUCGCAUGAAAUACUAAUUGACUCUGUGCGGUACAGAAAUGCUAUGUGAAAUUUUCCUUUUAUUCUUUCGCUUGGGGAAAAAAAAUCCCAAAGUACUUUAGUAGUUACUGUUUUGUUCUUCGUUGGGAAAAGGAAAAUAAAACGAGAUUCAGUUACUGAUUGUUUCCUGAGGAGAUCAUGCAUCUUAGAGUGAGACCAGGGGAACGCGUGGCGUCUCUCACCUGGACGUCUUGGUAGCUGUCACUGCUUCAAAAAGAGACGUUUCCCUCAGUACGCGCAUGUGUGGCGUGAGAGCAGCCAUGAUGAUUCCGUGACACCUACUGUCUUGGCUUUGUAAACUCACUAUCCUAGGACUUGAACCUUUAUUCUACACUUUUGAAGAUUUUUUUAAGAAUAGUGCUGUUAAUCAGUAAAAAAAAAAUAUUUUUGAUCUAAAUAUAGACUGCAUAACAUGUUAGAUUUAAACAGUUACCAGUGUUCCGUAUUCACCUUUUUGUCUAGGCAGGAAAUAGAAGAUUUCAACUAAAAUUUUGAACCAAAAACAUUUAUACCGCAGUUCUGGGUUUUCUAUUACUUUUUAUACUGUACCUUAAAAAGCAGUAGGCUGAAAGAGUUUAUUUUGGUGGUCAAAAAAAUAAAAUAUGCUUCUACUCGUGUAAACUAUUUUAAAUGUUGCGAAGUAGAAUGAUAAAAGACACAUUAGUUGUUUUAUUCAGUCAGAGAGUGUUGACUGCCUGUAGGCAGGCGUUGGCCUUUUCUUACCGGAGCUCCGUGGCUGGGGGAGACACUCUGGGGGACGUUUUUCCCGACUGUAAUUAAUUUCUGGAUGUGUAGAAAGCGCACUGUUCCUUGUAAGUAUUGAGGAUGCCUGCUUUUUUAUGCAGUUGUGGAAAGAAUGUAAAAUGUUUUAAUAUAUUCUUUGUUAAUCUAAAAAUCUUACGGAGUCAUUUUCUUUAUGUGGGGGCGGGGGAUCACAGGAAACGUGAGAUAACCAACACCGCGACCUCUAGGCUGUCCUGGUGCAGGCUGGAGCGCCCAGUGUUCACUUUAAACUGGUUGGAGUUGGCCUGCGUUUGUCACUUUGCCAGAACCGUUCAGUGACUUGUUUGCGUUUGUGGAGAGGUGAGCGUGACUCCUGGGUGUUCGGGGUGGAUCGUUUGUUUUUCCCCUCCUCUGUGAAAAUUGGUCCUCGGCGCCCUCAGAGCCACACGUGGCCCCCACUGGUGCUGGGGAGAGCAGCGGCUGCCGGCGAGACCGAGGGAGGGCUCGGUCAGCGCGGCAGAGAAGCAGCAGAACCAAAGUUGGCCUUUGUUGCGUGUGUGUGUGUGUGUGUGUGUGCACGUCAUAACCUGGAACUUCUUAUGAAGUAAGAUUACCCAGAUUUUCUUAGUACAAAAACUAUUCAUCAUUCCUAACAUUUCACUUUGAAUGGUCUGGUCAGCCAUGACUAGAAUAUUACAAAUCAGCCCCCCAGUCCGAGGCCUCUGAGGUCGGAAGGCGGUGUUGGCGAGAAUGACGCCGGAAGUGUCCUGUAACACUGGCUACCGAGCUUGAGUUUCUCGCGCAGGUUUUCCCCUCCCCCGUGGCUUCCGCACUUUAAGACACUUGGGUGUUUGUGCAAUUCCCAGGCGCCCCCCGGCCCCGCCACGACGGGGAGAAUCCGCGUCUGGGUUCUGGGGGGGGGAGAAAAAUGCGGUAACGGCAGGGUGUUCAGAUUCCUUCAGAAGCAGUCAUUUGGGAACCAAAGUGUUUUACUGUAACAGGUGAACUCAGGGCUCCGGGUUCUGUGCUGCCCAGGCUCCCCACAAAGCCCUCCGUGGUUCAUACGAGUUGUCAUUUCUUACUGACCUUAAUCCAAGACUUUGCAGUUUUCCACCGAGUACGUAUUUGUUGUGACAAAUGAGUGGUUUUAUAACUGUUUUGUCAUCCUAUGCCUUAGCGGAGUCCGUUCAGUGUUACUUAGGGAUGAGCGCUUUUGGACUCGCUGGUUCGUGGUGCGGUGGGAUUUCUAUUGGAAGUUAAUCCAUGGCUUGCUUGUACCCGAUUCUGUUUUCCGUUUACUUUGCUUAACCUUAACUGAGGCGAUUGGAGUCAAUAAAUUUGUACUGUAUUUUG